AUGUGUUACUAUACAGUUGGUGAAGCAGUCUAUGAAGACUGCGACCCUAACCCGUCGCACAUGGUAAAGUGUAUCAUCUUCGAGAAAUGCCUGCUCAAGGAGGGUUCGAGAGAUGCCUGCAUGCAUCCAGGAGUCAGAAAGCCUGACGCCGUUCUCAAGAAGCACGUCAAAGACGGGAAAUGUCCCGUCUGCCCCAAGUUCACCAUUCCCAUUCGUGGGAGCUAUGUUGUGCUCCCGGAUUCUCCGCGGAGCGAGCGCUCUUUCUCGUCUGAGAAAACUGACUUUGAGGAGGAGAGCUAGAAAGAUGGUCUACUGGACGUCUUUGGCGGUACAAGAUGCAGAUAGUACCUGUUUACUGGGUAGUUGUUUGAUGGGGCAAUAAACAAUGGGACUUCAUCUCCUCUUGCGAGCGAUAUGGUAUUAAAUCUGGGGAGGAAAUAAUUUGGGCUGUUCUUUGGAUUCUGUUUGUAGUCAAUUUGUUUGGCGAUGGUCUGUUCGAAGGCCCGCAUGGUUUGCACACAUCUACAUGUACGUAGUCAGCGUCGCUUGAUCUGGCUUGGUGAAUACAAGAUUGCGUUCUUUA